AUGGAUGCCCCGGUCGAGCAACAGUCCGUCUGCGUCGUCGGCGCUGGGCCCGCAGGUCUGGCGGCUGCACACAUCUGCAGACAGCACGGCUUCGCAGUCACCGUCUACGAGGCCGCAGACCGUGUAGGCGGCAUGUGGAGACAUGACCGCGGGGAAUUUGGCGACAAGUGCAGUCCGGAGAUGCGCGCCAACCUGAGCAGAUACACUGUUGCCUUUUCUGAUCUGGCUUGGACAUCGGUACAUGUAGAUAUCUCGAACCCUGCUGCCGAUCCACUAGCUGUUCCGCCUGUCUUUCCCAAAGCGUGGCAGGUAGAAUCCGUCGGCUUCUUUAACAAGCCAGCCCACACCUUCAAUCCCGUUCCCUCCCACCCUCUCUCAAACAUCCAACACUCCUCACGAUUUCGGACUCUCUCUGCCCUGACGGAAACCCCCGGCAAGAUAGUCGUGAUUGGAGGCGGCAUCAGCGGCUCAGAGGCUGCUUCUCAGGCUGCUUCUCAGAUCUCCAACGCAAAGCACUCGCCUGGUGGAAUGACACCCUCCCACGCCGACAGCAGGGUUUUCCACGUCAUCAAUCGUCCCUUCUACUGCCUGCCCCGCUACCUUCCACAGGACCCUCAGACCCACGACGGGCAUUUCAAGCCAGCACCUAGAUUCCUUCCCCUUGAUCUGAUUCUCUACAAUCUGUCCCGUCGCGGCCAUGGAGACAUCUCUGCAGCUAUCACCACCGUUCCACCAGAAAAAGCAAAGAAAGGCCACGACUUCUUACGAUCAAGUAUAGGCUGCCAUCACGCCGACGUCGGCUUCUCAGAGCUCGCGUACACGGCGACCCAGACACAACACCCUGGCUACACCGGUAUAACCGACACGUAUAUGGAGUUUGUCAGAAGUGGCAUCAUUGUGCCAGUCCGGGGAUGGGUUGAACACGUCGAGCAGGCAGCCAACGGUGCUUGCCUAGAGAUUCGUCUUGGCCAAUAUGAGCCCUGGUUCCAUGGGCCAGGCGCAAAAGCUAUGGGCGAGAGCAGACUGCGUGAUGUGGUCGGUAUCAUUGAAGCCACAGGCUACAAAGCCGACCUCGAUUGGCUCGACGCCCGUGUCCAAUCCCUUCUCGCUGACGGCAGCGACAACCCGAAUCCGCGCAUACCAUAUCCCCUGUCACGUGGUUCCGUCUUUUCGCAGCAAAUACCUACAAUUGGGUUCGUGGGUUUCUACGAAGGCCCUUACUGGGGCGUGAUGGAAAUGCAGGCUCGACUUCUGGCGCAACGCUGGGCCAAACGAGAGCCUGAGCAGUCGGCGUCUCUCUCAUCCGCCUUGUACACGUAUGAUGAUACGAGGCAUAUGCAAAAUGCCAUGGGUCAGAGGUCCUUGCAAGUGCCGCAGUUCUGGAUGGCCGAUUACGUUGGACUAAUGGAAGAGUUCGCACGAGAAACGGGCGUCUCACGUGACGACACCCUAUUCGGUAGUCAAUCGGGUCCCGCAUUCCCAUCGCGCUAUCGACACACAGAUAGCAGUCUGCAAGCCAAGGCAGUAGUCAGCGAAGUUGCCGGAAUACUCGAGGCAUCCCAGGAGCAUGCUCGGUUUGUUGCAGCGGCCGUGUUCACAGGCAUGCAAGGUGUCUGGAAGAUGACGCGCAAGAUUGAUUCACGUACCCAGACACCCGGUGGCACAUUCGUGGGUACAGCUCACUUCCAUCCGCGUCAAUCUACCGAUACAGCGACCUACGCCUCCGAAUACUUGUAUAUCGAACAAGGGACAUUCACCAUGGACGCUGGGCUGUCAUUCCCUGCGACCCGUCGUUACGUCUAUAGGUACAACGAAACAAGCGAUGAGAUCACCGCAUGGUUUGUUGAAGACGACGAAAAAAGUGUCGGAAAGCUAUUCAAUACCUGGCGCUUCCACGCGCCUGAUGACCAGGCUGGCGGCUGGAUGGCUACGGGCUGCCAUUGGUGCGAUCCCGACACGUAUCAGAAUGACUGCGAAUUCAAGUUUCGUGGUGCAAAGAUCGAUCGAUUCAUGAUCAGAUACAAGGUGGACGGACCAAAGAAAGAUUAUCUGCAUGAGAGCUGGUAUCAGAGACCAAAGGUAGAUGGCGGAGCAAACGCAUGCGGAUGA